AUGGAACCCACAAAUAAAACUGAAAUUCUCAACAAUUUUAUUGCUGUUACACAAUGUUCGAACGAAGAAGCAACACGUUAUUUAGAGGCUGCACAAUGGAAUACACAAACUGCUAUGGAAAUUUUCUAUGAUGAUGGUGGUUCUCAUAUCAGUAGACCCACUGCUUCGACUAAUACAAAUAUUAACCAAGGUGCUUCUGGAGAAAUAGCAUCCGGCGGAACAGGUGGUUAUGAAUCAGAUGAUGAAGCUCCAAUACAAAAUGCUAUUGAUGAAAGUCUUCGAGCUAGUGCAACUGCAACAAAAUCAACAUCAGCAGUAUCCAAAGAUGAUAAAAGUAAAAGUUCAUCAGCAUCAUCAUCAAAAUUUGGAACUAUUGGUAGUUUACAUAAAGAAGGAGAAAGUUCUGAUGAAGAAGGUCAAGCUUUUUAUGCUGGUGGUUCCGAACGAAGUGGUCAACAAAUACUUGGACCACCAAAACCUAAAGAUAUGGAUAAGAAAGUAACUAAAAUAUUUGAAGCAGCUCGUAAACAAGGUGCUAUUGAAGCUGAUGACGAUGAACAUGGAUCAUCAUCACAAACAAAAAAAGAAAAACCAUUUACCGGUGUUGGAUAUACUUUAGGUGAUGAAACUACACCUUCACGUUCAUUGGGUCAAUCAAGAUUCGAUGCGACAGCACCAGCGGCUUCGAAUCAAGCUGAACAAAUUCCACUUCGUUUCUUCUCAAAUGGUUUUACUGUAGGUGAUGGUGAAUUACGUAAAUUUGAAGAUAAUAAAGAAUUUAUGAGCUACAUUAAACGUGGUGAAGUACCACCUGAACUUAGAAAUUUAACUACAGGUGGACGACAAAUUGAAGUACGUCUUGAAGAUCAUCGAGAGGAAGAAUAUAAACCAGUAGCACCACAAUUUAAACCAUUUGGAGGUGCUGGUUAUAUGCUUGGCUCACCAGCACCUACAGUUGUUAGUCCAUCAAAAACUACACGAGAUUCUCCAUUUCAAUCGUCUAUGACGACAACUACUAGUAGAACAUCAGCACCCACUGAUUCAAGUGAUUUAGAAAAACUUGCUGAACAACAAUUGAAAUCAUCUUCAUCAUCAACUACCAUACGUCUUCGUUUACCUGAUGUAUCAACACCAAUACGUAUUGUAAUCGAUCUUAAUCGAACAUUAGCUGAUGUACGUAAAUUUCUUAAUGAAAAUGUACCUUCACUUCAAUCGAAUCUAUUUCAAUUUAUUGAACCACCGUCAACAAAAAUAAAACAUGAAGAUGAAUCAAAAACAAUAAGUGAAGCUAAAUUAACAAAUGCUACACUUGCUAUUCGACGCGGUUCUUAA